AUGGUUAUCCAAGAAAACAAUCACUCUUCUCUUUCUUCUCAAUUUAAUCUCUUCUCUCUGUCUCUCUCUCUCUCUCCAAUCAACUCUUCCAUACUCAGUCGCAUUCAACUCCUUUGCAGUAUAUAGCAGUUGCUGCAUUUUCAUCACUUACAUUCCCCAUAAGGUGGAACCUAAGAGUACUUAUUUCAAGUUCAGUUCUUUAACUUUUUCUAAUGGGAGAAGCAAAAGUAAUACGAGACAAGGUUGAUCAAACCAACUUUUCAUUUCAAGACAAACAACAACCAAGGAACUUUCUUCAAAGAUUUUCACCAGACCAAAUUAGUCGGAAACAAACCCAAUCCAACCCCAACAAGAGACCCCCAGAACUAGACCUCAAUCUAAGGCUCUCACUUGGAGGAAUCUACAGUGGCAACACCAAAGAAAAGCCUUUAACUAGAUCAUCUUCCAUGGCAGGAGUGGUAACCCUUAAUAGAAGUUCUAGUGAGUUCCAAAAGUCAUUGCCAAAAAGUUUUCUUUCAUUGGCAAGGUCUUGUUCAUUGCCUGCACAAGUAGAAAGGAGUAAGAGACCGGUGAAUGUGAAGGAGCUAAGGAUAAUGAGGAGAGUUGAGGCCAAGAAAAGGGUUGUAGAGAAGCAGAGGAAUGCCAAGAAAGCCAGUGAGAAAGACAAGUUGGUAACAGAGGGACCACCAUCUUCACCUUCUAAAAUUCCUGCUUGGGCAGCAGCUUCUGCGGCUAAAAGUCCUGCACUCAAUAGGGCCAUUGAUAAGAUAAAGGAAGGUUUCCGAAAAUUGGAAGGACUAGAAGGCUCGGGUACAUCUAACGGUCCAAGCGAAUACAAAUCAACCUCCAAGCCAAUAAAGGCAGAACCAGCGAUCACUUUUGAGACAACAUCUGAUGAAAAAUCUGUCAAGCUCAAGCCUGCUGAAACUAAGUCUGAGAAUCCAACAAAGAAGGCUGAACUUUCUAAUGGUUACAUUCAAGAUUAUGGGAUGAAUGUGAUGAAAAAAAUGCCUAGUGUAACUACUACUGGAGAUGGUCCCAAUGGGAGGAAAAUUGAAGGCUUUCUAUACAAAUACAUGAAAGGACAGGUGAGUAUAGUUUGUGUUUGCCAUGGCAACUUUCUUUCCCCAGAAGAAUUCGUCAAGCACGCCGGCGGCAAGGAUGUUACAAACCCCAUGAAGCAUAUUAAUGUUUGCUCAACUUCUUUUUCCUUCUAAGAUUAAUGGUGGUGGCUUUGGUCACCCCUACUUAAGAUAGGAACCAAUACCUUGAGAAGUUGGCCUCUUUUCUUAUUUUUGUUCUUUCUCCUCUUUUUGUUUGGAGAGAAGGAAAAUAAGCUUUCCUUUUCUUUCUCCUUGUUUAAGGACUCUUAAGUAAUAACUUUCUUAGAAUGAAAGCUUAGGCAGCUUUAUUCA